AAAAUAAAAAGAAACCUGGAAGAGAAGAGAAAAGAAGUGUUUGGAAGGAUUGUGAGUGUAACCGCAUGAGCUCCAAUUGAUGACAUUCACGCCACGGCCGUGGAGUGACCCAGUGAGGGACUAAUUUCUUGCUCUAGCUUUCUCUCACCGCAGCCAAACACCGCCUUCUGCCAUGGAUUCCAUUCCCUUUCGCGAUGGCAACAUACACGCGAUUCUUGACUCUCGAUAUCUCAACUCGCCACUGGAUGUUAAUCACACUUUGCAGACUCAUUCCUCUCUCAUUCGGAGGCUUUCUCAAGAAAGGGAGUUAGAGGGCCACCUUGGCUGUGUCAAUGCGGUGGCUUGGAAUUCGAAAGGUACAAUGUUGAUAUCCGGAUCAGAUGAUACUCGGAUCAAUAUUUGGAGCUAUUCUGGUAGAAAACUUCUACAUUCAAUUGAUACAGGACAUACAGCAAAUAUAUUCUGUACUAAGUUUAUACCAGAAACUUCUGAUGAGCUUGUAGCCUCUGGAGCCGGAGAUGCUGAAGUCCGUUUAUUUAACUUGUCUCGCCUAAGUGGAAGUGGAUCUAGCGACAAUUCAAUCAUUGCUCCAUCUGCACUUUACCAAUGCCAUGCUCGAAGAGUCAAGAAAUUGGCUGUUGAAAAUGGCAACCCUAAUGUAGUUUGGAGUGCUAGUGAAGAUGGGACCUUGAGACAACAUGAUUUUCGGGAAGGUACCUCUUGUCCUCCAGCUGGUUCUUCACACCAAGAGUGUCGAAAUAUUCUUCUUGACUUACGAAGUGGUUCUAAAAGAUCACUUGCUGAUCCUCCUAAACAAGUCCUUUCUUUAAAGUCUUGUGAUAUUAGUUCAACUAGGCCGCAUUUGCUCCUUGUUGGUGGGAGUGAUGCCUUUGCACGGUUAUAUGAUAGAAGGAUGCUGCCACCUCUAAGCUCAUGUCGAAAAAGAAUGUUUCCUCCUCCUUGUGUUAAUUAUUUUUGUCCAAUGCAUCUUUCUGAUCGUGGACAUCCAAGCUUACACUUAACUCAUGUUACAUUCAGUCCUGAUGGACAUGAGGUUCUCCUCAGCUAUAGUGGAGAGCAUGCUUACCUGAUGAAUGUAAAUCAUGCUGGAAUGAAUGAGAUGCAAUAUACUUCAGGUGACGUAUCAAAGAUGAUGACUUACUCUCCUAUAGUUAAUGGGAUAGAGUUGCAGUCUUGUGUGUCUAAUGUCUUCCCAAACGGGUUUCCUAUUAAAAAGAACAUUGCUGCAAAGCUUGACAAGUGCAGGAAACUGAUAAAAUAUGCUAAGAAAUCAUUGGACAAUGGGAUACCCUAUUAUGGAAUCGAGGCAUGUAAUGAGGUUUUGAAUGGCUAUAGCCAUAUCAUUGGGUCUGCGCUUAAACAUGAAUGCUUGUGCACUCGUGCUGCACUAUUGAUCAAGAGGGAUUGGAAAAACGAUGCUCAUAUGGCUAUAAGAGACUGCUAUGCUGCUAGAAAAAUUGAUAAUUCCUCCUAUAAAGCACUAUUCUGCAUGUCAGAAGCACUGUCACAGUUGGGUAGACAUGAAGAUGCUUUGGAUUUUGCUGUUGCUUCCCUUUCACUGGCCCCACUCAAAUCUGAAGUUGCAGAGAGAGUGGAGAAUGUGAAGAAGGAUAUUGCUUUAGUUUAUUUAACAGCUGAAGCUGAAAAAAAUAGCAAGGCCAAUGAUGGUGCAUCAAGGUCUGACAUUCGAGGUGGAAGAAUAUUAUCAUUAAGUGACAUACUUUAUCGCCCCGAGGCUAAUGGUGAUGUUCCACAAGAUGGUUCUAGAUCAGACAGGGAUGAUUCUGAUUAUGAUGAGGAAUUGGAGCUGGACUUUGAAACAUCAAUAUCUGGUGACGAGGCACAAGAUCUUGAUUCAAAUAUUCUUCAUGGAAGUUUAAAUGUUAGAAUUCACCGAAGGGGUGACUCUAGAGACAAUGCAGGUGCUAGUGGCCCAAGCGAUUCACCUUCAUCUUCGUCACAGAGCAGUAGAACAUGUUAUUUGCCUGAACCAGCUGUUGAUAUGAAACAGAGAUUUAUUGGCCAUUGCAAUAUUGGGACGGACAUAAAACAGGCCAAUUUUCUUGGUCAAAGAGGAGAAUAUGUUGCCAGUGGAAGUGAUGAUGGCAGAUGGUUUAUUUGGGAAAAGCGUACUGGUAGACUUAUAAAAAUUCUAAAUGGUGAUGGAUCUGUUGUAAAUUGUAUACAAUGCCAUCCAUUUGAUUUUGUUGUCGCAACCAGUGGGAUUGAUAGCACAAUAAAGAUAUGGACUCCAAGUGCCCCUGUUCCAUCUUCUGUAGCUGAUGGCUCAGCAGGACCAGAAACUGGUGAUGUGUUGGCUGCUAUGGAGAGCAAUCAACAAAAGUUAUCCCGUAGCCGCAAUUCUAUAUUGCCCUUUGAGCUUUUGGAACCAUUUAGAAUGCACGACUUUCCUGAGGGUUCGUUACGCUUGCGUCCAUUUGAAUGUGCUCAAAGCUAAAGGUUUGCUAAUUUUCGUUUGCUGGGUACUCUAUUCAGUUGACUGGUAAGUGUUGACAUCGAUGGGGAUCAGUGAUCGAUGGUAAAGCAGGCAUUUUAUGGAUGCGCUGGGUAAUUUGGAGAGUUGAAAAUAAAUCCUUUGAUUUUGCUCAGAAGGUAUACUGUAUUUAUUUCC